AUGUUCUCUUUCGCGGAUUAUACCAAGGUGUUUGGAGUGUCGUCUUCUCGACGAUACCAUCAUGUCAGUAUCCAACGGGAAAAGAGAAAUCCAGUAGGGUUCUCCAAUCUAACAUCUCUAACGCCGUUCACAGCAGGAGCAUUCUUCACCACAUACGAAGCUAUAAAAUGCGCCUUGCACGAUUCAUCUAAUAAAACGAAAACCACCGGUAGCAAAUCAGACUACUACACGCAAUCUUCAAAGACAGGCUUCCAUCUACCAUUCACACAUUCACUUCCAAGCCCGGUCAUCAAUGCGAUUGCAUCUUCAACGGCCGAGGCCGUGUCCUGUUUCAUGCUCACGCCGGCAGAAGUCCUCAAACAAAAUGCGCAAAUGGUCAGCACCAGUCAAAGUCAAUCGAGUACUAAGCCGCAGGGUACCAGUGUGAGUGCCGUGCGCCAGGUACUCGGACGAUUCAAGGGCCAUCCGUGGAGACUUUGGAAUGGAUACUUUGCAUUGCUGGGACGAAAUCUACCCUUCACGGGCCUUCAGUUUCCGAUGUUUGAAUAUAUCCGGUCACACGUUAUUGACCGGUACAGACGACGCAAAGUAGCAAAGGCUUCUACCGGCGGUACUAAGGAAGCAUCAAGUCAAAAGGAGCAGCUCAUUGAGCGAGCUGGGUUGACUGGACUCUCUGCGUCGGUAUCUGGGUCUAUCGCCGCGGUUAUCACAACACCAAUAGACGUGAUCAAGACACGCGUUAUGCUCUCUGCAAGUGAUAACACUGCUGCGGACUCGGAAGUCGUGGGAAAGCAGGCUGGCAAGGGCUCGAAGAAAAGCAUUUGGACUGUUGGAAAGCAAAUACUCCAUGAAGAAGGGAUUCGUGGUCUUUUUAGGGGAGGGAUCAUUCGUGGUGUUUGGACGGCUAUGUCGUUGAGUCUGUAUCUUGGGUUGUAUGAGGGUGGUCGGUUUUAUCUUGAGAAUCGGCGUCGCAGAUUGGAGGAGAUAUCUUAG